GGCGCCUCUUCCUUGAUCUCUAAGAGUCCGACUAAACCUAGAAAAUUCCUCUUUGUUCCUCCCUUGAAGAAUUACCAAACCCCUAAAAUUAAGAGAGCGUUUCUACAAGCCAUAUGGGGAACUACAAUGAGAAGAUGACUCACACUUUGGAGAUAGACAACUUCUCCCACAGGAAUACUCCAUUCACGUCUCCUCUGUUCUCAAGCGGAUCCGGCAACUGGUUCGUUACGGUAUAUCCCAAGGGAACCCUUACUAGUAAAAACAUGUCCAUGUACCUAUAUGUUCCAGAUCCUCUCUUACGGCCUCGCAGUUGGGCGAGAGAUACAUGGUUUCGCUUCGUCGUGGUGAACCAAUCCAGCGUUCUCAAGUCAAAAAGUUUUGAAGCUUUUCGCAUCUUUGACAAGGGACGCUCAGGCUGCGGUUUUACAACGGACUUGUGUCUUUCCAAACUUCAAGAGAAGAAAUUUCUUGUGAACGACAAACUCAAAAUCGAAGUCCACAUAAGUGUAAGUUACAAUCGUGGUGCAAAAGAUCCAUAUGAGUUACCCGAAAAGAAGAAUGAGAUGGUGAAUGUCAAUGGCUUUCAAGUUCUUGAUUCGCAAGUAAAGUCAGCAAACUGGAUUUUUACGACUUACCCAGAAACUGCAUUGCAUAUUCACCCACGAGAUCCACAGGUUAAGACGGCAUACAUGAACAUUCUCCUCACAAUGUACGAGAAACUUUAUAACAGUCCCCUACACGAGUUCACCGACGAAGAUCUUGCUAACGUUUUCAAGGGUUUGCUUGACCUGAGACAAGCUGGUUUCAAAAUGGGAUGGUUGAGGAAAAGGCUCGAGAAGGUUUUCGCGGCGAGAGAGAAACUCUCUGGUUUGGAAGCUCAGGCUCGGGAACUUGGAAAACAGUUGAAGGAUCUUAAGCUGCAAAUCUCAACGCUGAGAUCAAGUUGUUGAAGGAUCUUAAGCUGCAAAUCUCAACGCUGAGAUCAAGUUGUUAGCAAGAGGACUAAUUACAUUAUGUUCUUUUAAGUAGGGUCUUUCUAGUUCUUCAGAAUAUCUUAUUUUAUUCAUUUAUAUUGUUUUGCACCGGGCUUUGAUUUAGACCUAAUAAGAGUUUUUUCAUGUGUUUUCAUCACCACAACGUUCGUUUAUUUACAUUGUAU